CUUUACUCACAGACAAACCUCCAAAGCCAUUGUUCCCCAUGGAGAACCAGCCAACUGUUAUAGAUGUCCAGCUGGGCAACCCGCUGACUGUGGCCUGCAAAGCUUUCUUUGGAUUCAGUGGAGAAUCAGGCCCCAUGAUUUACUGGAUGAAAGGGGAAAAAUUCAUAGAAGAAUUAGAAGGUCACAUUAGAGAAGGCGAAGUCAGACUCCUCAGAGAACAUCUCGGAGAAAAAGAAGUUGAAUUGACAUUGAUCUUUGAUGCUGUAGAGGAGGCAGACCUGGCUAACUAUACAUGUCAUGUGGAAAACAGAAACGGACGAAAACAUGCCAGUGUUCUUCUGCGCAAGAAAGACUUGAUCUACAAAAUAGAGCUUGCUGGAGGACUGGGAGCCAUCCUUCUUCUGCUUAUUUUGCUCGUGACCAUCUAUAAGUGCUACAACAUAGAGUUAAUGCUCUUUUACAGACAGAACUUUGGAGGAGAUGAAGCAGCUGAUGACAACAAGGAAUAUGAUGCAUAUCUUUCAUACACCAAAGUGGAUCCCGAUGCGUUAGAUUGUGAUAAUAAUGAAGAGGAGCAGUUUGCACUUGAAAUUCUGCCAGAUGUUCUAGAAAAGCAUUAUGGAUAUAAGCUCUUCAUUCCGGAUAGGGACCUGAUCCCUAGUGGAACCUACAUUGAAGAUCUCACAAGAUGUGUUGAACAAAGCAGAAGACUCAUUAUCGUGUUAACUCCAGACUAUGUUCUCAGGAGAGGAUGGAGUAUAUUUGAGAUGGAAAACAGACUCCAUAAUAUGCUAGUCAGUGGAGAAAUCAAGGUUAUUUUGAUUGAGUGUACUGAAUUAAAAGGGAAAGUGAAUUAUCACGAAGUGGAAUCUUUAAAGCACACCAUCAAACUCCUCUCAGUGGUCAAGUGGAAAGGACCAAAAAGCAGCAAACUGAACUCUAAGUUUUGGAAGCGCCUAGUCUUUGAAAUGCCAGGGAAGAAAAAGGAGGUGGUAUCUCGACAUCAGGUCCUGGAUUCUGCAGAGCAGGGCCUUUUUGGAGAUCUCCAGACUGUACCCUCUCUUGCUGUCACAGGCACUUCUGCCACAUUGGUAGAAUCACGGGCUGAUUUAACUGAUUACCAUCAAGCAGACUCUGUGCAUAUGAGACAUUAUUGCAGAGGAUAUGAAUAUGAUGUGUCAGCGGCAACAUUGCCAAUAGCUUCCAUAAGCAGCCAUCACACGUACUGUAACAUACCUUUGACACUACUAAAUGGACAGCUACCUCUUAACACUGCCAUGAAGGAUCCCCAAGAGUUGCACAGGAACAACCCAUUGCUACCUUUAUCAGCAAAGGAGCUUAGCUUCACCAGUGAUAUUUGGUAG